UGUACCGGUGGGUUGAUGUACAGCCACGAGCUGCAGACCUGUGACUGGCCGCGAAAUGUGGGCUGCGAUCUUCCUGCUCUUAGUGCACCGUCAGGACCUUCGGCAGGUCGUACAGUGACACCACGAGUGCCUCAGGUGCUCAGUCGGGUGCGUUUCUCGUCGUCAGCACCAUCAGCUCCGUCUGCUCCUUCGGGCCCUUCAGGACCUUCUGGACCAUCAGGACCAUCGGGACCUUCAGGACCUGCAGAACCAUCGGCACCAGCACGCAUCCAGCAGAUCCACAACCUUCCACCACCACCGCCACCACCUGCAAAUCCAAACCCCGUGAUAACGACUCGUGGACAACCGAAAAACUCACCUCAGGAAGACAUUGCGAAGCUCUACGCCGAGGCUCACGAAACUUUGCCACCCGUAGAGGAGGAAGAAUCGGACCGCCAACAGCGGGUGUACCGUGGACAGCCUAGUACGGUGUCACAGGUGCAGCGCGAUCGUGACGGCAUCCUGCAGCAACCGAGUGUCAACGCCAUACCGACUCAGGCUAAAGUAGGUUCCUUUGCGUACAGUGCUCAACCUCAGCCUUUUGACGAUGACGAGUCACUGCAAACGCUAGACGAUAAACGCUCCCCUGACGCUACGAGACAUGAUCGCAAAAAGCGUGACCUCGAUGCCCAAACUCAGACCUCAGACAGCGAAACGCCAAAGUCCUCCCAGUCGACGCAGGUAGAAGGCACGAAUGAAAGUCCGGAGCCACAGAAGCAGCUCGCAAAACGAGACAACUUGGACGAAACCGCAGUCCUGGGGCUACUUGCACCGGAAAACUCGCCUGACAGUGUGGCGCCCUCUGGUGCCGGUGGUGAGACUCAGCGAACAUCUCGCCAGUUGCGCCCACUGGCCAACUGGCAGUACCGAUCGUUGGAUACGUCUUUGUCACGCCAGAACAGCUACUCCCCGAGUAGUUUCGAUCCGUUUGGGUAUACAGUGUUGCCGACGGCUUCGACAUACUUCAAACCGGGUGCCCGCUACUUUCAGCCGCAGACGUACAGCAAGAAAGAGCUAACCCAAACGUACAACGAUUAUCUGGAGGCGUACAGCAAGAGCAAACAACCGACGUACAACGUGCGUCCAAUCGAGGUGCAACCCCAUAAAGCGUCCGGGCUGCAGAGUUACAAGACGAUCGCCAAAAUUACGCCUCAGGAUUCGAUUAUUCCUUUACUGAUUGCUAACCAGCAACAGCAGCAGCAGCAACAACACCAGCAACGACCCCACCUUUCGGGCUAUUCCGGACAAUCACAAUUCACAGCGGCUGCGUUUGUGAAUAGCCACAACAACAAGAAGUACACGACACCAGCAUCACCACUCGAUGGGGACGAAGAGACGAUACCAGACAACUUUGCGUUCUUCCACUUCGGCAACACCUACUCUUCCACACCGAUAUCGGUCAAUAACAACGCGAAGGCAGUAAAGCAUUCAAAACCUUCCGGGGUGCAGAUCUCAAACGUCGCUCAACCCACGCAAAAAACACCGUACAUUGCGUUCAGCUCCGUCGGUGGGUUCUUCAACAACCAACCGACGUCGAACCCGCUGAAGGAGAGUUUCGUUGUAAAGCCGAACCACGCGAAACCCAAACCCGUGGUCCAUUUAGGGCCUAGCACUCCAGCACCAGUGUAUGAAGGUAUCUCAAACACAAUCCAAUCUAGCGGACUUCGAUUCGCCGUGACCACUCCAAAGAUCGUCCAAGGAACAGGACUGGAGCUGUAUCAACCCAACGUAUACCUGAACGCGCCCCGACCUCAGUCGUACGGUGGGUACAGUGUGAAACCUUCAGGUGUCGUUUACGAAGCUUCGACUCCAAAACCUAGCUCAGCACAAUUCGUUACCAAGUCGACCAACGGGUUCCAACCCAUUAUCGUGUCGACCACACCGAAGUACUACCAGUCUCAUGGUUCGAAAAGCCAAACGGUGGGUCCGAGCGAGUACAGCAAAUUCUACGAGGCGAUCAAAAGCACACACAUCGCUCAGGUGUCCAACUCGAAACCGGCACAGCCGGCUCCUAUUCGUAUCGGAAAUGGCCAGCAGGUCUUGUACCGGCCGGUCACGAACAACACCAAACUGCAACCGGUAUCACACGGAUAUGGAGGUGGCCAGCAGGUGUUCUACAGUCCAAUCGGGUCUGCUCAACUGAGCCCGGUAGCUCCAGCGAAACCACAAGAGUCCGCUGAAUUCUACUAUCAAGAAGACGACAACAUCGAUCUCCGCGGCCAGAAGUACGUGAAGAACACGUUGGACGUGAACCGACGUCCAGUGUACGGCAAACCCCCGUAUGGGGAUGAAGAAGAAGACGAAGAUGAGUACUACGAUGAUGAUGAGGACGAUGACGACGAGUACCAGUAUCGGUAUCCCGUGAACAAGUCCAAGUACACUCCGAUGACGGAAACGAUGGCUCCUAGACCGUUGCUCAAUCUCACCACGCCAAAGCCACCAGGAUCCGUGUCAGGAAAUCUGUACUACAACUACGACACAACCACCUGGCGUCCUGCGACGGUGACGACGUACUCACCGGCCAGCUCAACCUCGGACAUUCCACCCAUCAUCAAGUUCCCUGAGGACGUCUUCCAGGGUAUCAAACCUCUCGGGGACGUACCGCGAUAUCUCAACAAGUCCACGCUCCGACCAUACACCGUGCGGCAGCGAAUCCGUCCAACAGUCGUGCAGCAUAACCAUCUGGACGAGAAUGGACCCACCGAACGGGGUCGUCUAACGACAACCACCAGUACAGUGCGACCUCAGACAACAACGACUCCUACGCGGUACUAUCCAACUACGGUGCGUACGCGUAUCUCGACCAAGACUCCGACCACGGGGACUUCGUUCACCCGCAGACCGGCUACGGCCACGACGAACGUGAUCACUACCUCUACCACCACGCCAGAACCUCUGACGACCCAGACGACCUCACGCAAGCGCUACACGAUCCGACCGAACCGUGGCCAACAGCGUUGGCGGACAACCGAGACCCCGGAACCAAGUACGACCAACGGUCGACAUGCCAGCCCGACCAGCCCGACUAGACCGACCAAAACGCGACCUCGGUUGGAGCUGGAUGAACGUCUACCGAACAGAGUGGAAACCUCGUCACCAGCGCCUUCGAGCCGGUACGUGCCAGAGCAACAGCAAAAAACGCAGCUCACGCAGAGCAACAGAAACUACUACAACACCAGCAACUACGAACCAUCUGCGUACGAUUCUUACUACGCCGUCUACGAUGAGGACGUCGAAUUGUACCGAGAUGUCGAAUAUCAACCGCAACAACCCCAGAAACCUGUCGUGUCGUCUACGUACCGUCCGACAGUGGUCACCACUGUCGCUCCUACUUCUCAGCGCGAUCCUUAUGUCACUUCUCCACGCACAACGUAUCAGAGACCGUCGUACCAGGCAGACUACGACGAUGCUCUAGUGGCUCAGCUUGACGAUGAUCGUUACAAUCAGAAGCAAACCAAUACACAAAUAAGAAACGAGUUGAACUCGAUCUCGGACCGUCCGAUACUGGUAUCGUCCACGAUCCGUGCCUAUAACAGCCCCAAAUAUCAGACGGCCUUCGUUACGACGCCCGAACCCUUCUCACUGCCGUCGUCUACUACAGCCAGAACCACUACCACCACCACCACUACUACCACUACAACACCAGCUCCAAUACAGUACUAUACUACAAGAUCAUCACAAUUGGACGAUCAAAGUAAUAAAACAACACCCAAAUCAAUCAUAUUAACACUCGCAGCACGCGCGGGUUCCUCAUCGACCCCUGAGCCCCCCUCUCCCUUCCUCGUGUCCUUUGCGCCGUCUCCGCAAUCCCCAUAUGAGUCAUGGUACCGCAGUAGCACUGGCUCGGUUCCACGAUACAUUAAACCAUCAUCAACCACCAUACCACCGCCCACCACAACCACCACCUCCACCACAACAGUACCGCGUACAACCACCACAAUACCGCGUAGGACAACCACGACAACGUACACCUUUACCGAUGAGCAAUUGCCACGGUUUCGUCCUUCUGCUCAGUACGAUCACCACGCUCCUUCCGGGGUUAAGUUCCACCCAAUCCCGGACGAUCACUACUACGACGACGAUAGUGACGCUCACGAGUCGGACAGUGUCGACCAGGUAGAGGACGAGUACUCGAUGUUACCCAAAACUAGGUACGACUAUGAGCCACCGUCCCAGGUCACGGCGGACUCGACGAACGAUCAGUCGAAGAAGCAAUUUAUCACGCAAAAGCUUCUGCCGGUGUUUUCGCACUCGUACUCACAGUCCGAUCCUCGAUCCGCGUCGUCAGCUCACGCCCAUGCGGCAGUGCAGGACGAUGGCCACGAGGAUUCUCCCUUUUCGUACGAUACCCGACCGGACUUUGAUCCUUCCGGUGCCGCUGAACAGUUCGUCCCUUUGACGAGCACAUUGCCUCCAACAACCACCACUAGGGCAACUACUACCACGUCCACCAGGCGCCCUACCACGACACCCACCACAACCACUACAACUACCACUACUACUACUUCCACCACGCCCUCAACCACUACGCAACGAAAAAAACUGCAAAAGUUUGUUAUAUCUGACAUCCAGCCGUCCAGCUUCCGGACGCCGUUUAGUACUACUGCUCGGGCACAACCCCUACCUGAUUAUGAUAGCUACUUGUACCAGGAGGCCAUCCCGAGCAGUGUACGAUCGCGAAAUCAGCACACCUUCCUGAAAGCGAUCGCGACAACACUUUCCGCAACACAAUCGUCUACGAUCCCAACAACAACACAAGAACCACCGUCGUCAGUUGUUCGGACUUUCGCACCAGGAACAUCCACAAUAGGGCCUCUAGCUUUCCGUCCAGAACAGACUGUCCCCAACAAGUCCGUCCGGUUGACGUUAGCUUCGCAGACUCGCGAUGAUCAGCGUUCUUUCACGCCUAUCAGUACCACGACUCCUGCGCCGAGAUUCGAAAUUCGGCAGGAGCAGAAGUUUGCUAGCAAUCGAACCUACGCGCUUACGCUUGGUUCGGUCUUUGGUGGUCACCGAGGACGACUUGACAUCCCAAGGAAUCAAGAGCCGAUCCCUAACUAUACCACAUUUUUGCUGUCGGAUGCAGUUACGACAACACCGAUCGUAGCAUCCACCGUAUCAUCCACCACAUUGCCCGAGGUGCCUACGACAACCUCCACUACAACAUCGGCCCCGGUUACGACCACACCAGUGGCACCCGGUGGCCUUAGUAAUAUACGUUUUGUUUUAAGCUCUAGCCUAAGCACAACCACUCGGCCCCGCUAUCUAACGGGUCGGGAUGAAAAUGAUGCUCUUUAUAAGAGCCGUGACGCACCAGCGGCUAAACUCGUAGCUCGCCCGACUAACGCCGAACCAACUGCUUCGAGCGGCUGGGCUCCACUAAUACAGGAGAAGAUCCUGUCAAGUCCCAAAACGAACACCCUGUACGAGCAGGAAGAUCCCGUGCGAGAACCAGAUGAUCCCUUGCUUCAAACGCACGAUCAAUCAAACACCGAGGAUGCGCUCGAUGUUGGCGUCACCUCCACAGCUCCACCUACUAGGUUCCCUCCUCGAACUACACUCGCUCCAUUUGGUAGCUUAGAGGGUAAAAAAGGUGCAGAAAAAGUACAAAGCUUCACAUCGCGAGGCCUUAUCUUUAAGGAAGCGCUCAAUAAGACGCUAGAUCCGGCGAACAACACCCCCACGCGGUUGGUGGUUUCGCCGUACAAAAGUUUGGAGGUUCAACGUCAGACGACAUCCUCCGACAAACCGUUUGCCUCGACUUCGCGAGUCAUCUCGAAUUUAUACCGCACGACGACGCCUGAAGUGCCGGCCGUCGGAGGUCCUACGCUAAAGAGCUACUUGCAGCUGACAGCCGUUCCAAAGCUGGCAGCCAUUUUGCGCGAAACAACUGCUACUCCUAGCACAACUACGGCUAGUACGACUAGUACCACCAGUACGACUGUAGCUCCGCCAACUACCACGUUGAGUAGUACGACCGAAGAACUCACCACACGUAGAUCGACCACUCUUCCAACAGCUUCUUACUCUAGCAGCUCUGAAGAGGUGACAACUACGACGGCAACGUUACCUCGAUCGACGGAGGUGUAUCGUGGACGGUAUCGUCCUGUAUUCAGCUUUGUGCGAUCUUCGGAAUCGUACGAUGAGGUCACCACACCACGAUAUCGUUUCCUUCGUAAUCGUGGCCGUGGAUCUCCUCGAAGAACCUACACCAGAUUGCGACCUACGGCUGAACCCUACACGCUAACCUCGAGCACGCUCGAUGACGGUGCAGUAGUUGAAAGGAUCGCUUCUACGUCUUCCACGUUUGCUCCUACCAAGGGUUAUGGUGGACAUUUCGAUAGUACCGUUUUGUCGGUUUCCUCUGAGUACAACGAUCGCACAUUGGGCGUUGGGUCGUUAUCCUCGAGCAGUAGUUCGGCGCUCUUGAACCGCAUUCCGACAACCGAUCGUACGAAGUACGAUGCUAUCGAUCGCGAGCUUUCGAAAUUAACACACCUCAAGAAUCGCUUCGAACAGCCCGAUUCCAACCGUACCGAGCAGAAAGUGCGAGUACACCAACCGACGAUCACCACUAGCGGACAGCUAGGUGUCCAGGUGGUCCAGAUCACAGACAAACCGGUGUACUACACGCGCUUCCAUUCGACCUCGACUGAAGAGAGUUCUUUUGCUGUCACCAACAGCAGUCGACUGCCGGAGUCGACGACGAAAAAGUUCCGCGCAACCGUGGAGAUGCCCGAAAUGAACAUCCCUACCGAGAAGGAGUUGCUAUCGUACCACCAGGAUAGUGGCACUUCCUCGGACGAGGAUCGUGAGGACGAUGACGAAGAAGAUGGCACCGAAGAAGACGACACCGAGCCGGUGGACGAAGAUCUGGCGGACUAUUCGUACCUGGAGACGUCAAGUAUUGCGUCUUCCACGACCACCAGUACAACGACUCUCCGGAGCACCUUUAAGCCGAUGGCACGAGCCUCGAAACGAUACACGACGCCACACUACGCCGCCAUUGGAGCGGUCACAACCGAACGCAGCUUCAGUUCGGCGGUGGUGCCAUCUCGCUUCUACCCUAGUACAACAACGCAUGGACUGAGCAACCUUCCGGCUGGUGCUGCUAGUACUAGCUCCUCGUUCCCACUGUCUUCCAUCUUGUCCACCAUCCCCACCGUUCCCACCACUCCCAAAGCCCCCACAACCACCACAACCACCACCACUUUCACCACUGCCACCACCACCACCACCACCACAACCACAAUCCGCCCGCCAACGACGUAUACCGCGAACAAGCUCCCACCGCGCGCUUCCAGGGUCAAUAAUGCCAUAAAGACCACGAUCGCAGCCGCACAACUGCCACGCCGAUAUAGCAAACCGUCAGCAGCGGGAAAAAGCAUACAAUGUACAGAAAACUCACUGUUCGCCAAGUGCAACGAGAUUCCAUCGAGAGUUAGCAACAGCAACAGUAACAGCAACCGCAACCGUGGCGGAUCGCACUACGCGACCGACGGGCAAUCGACCGUUUCCGCCAACCGAGGAACGCACCCACCACGUGCGCGACCAACGCUGAAGCCUUCGCAGAACAUCGUCUCGAAGGCGCAAGAGUUCAUUGAUAUCUACCGCUAUCCACCGACGCGCCCUGAACCCCUAUACCCGCAGCCGACCCCCGAUAAGACCGCUGCCAAGUGCCGCAAGGACGUGUGCCUGCUGCCGGAUUGCUACUGCGGUGGCAAGGACGUCCCUGGAGAAUUGCCCGUGGAGCAGGUGCCUCAGAUCGUCCUCCUGACGUUCGAUGAUUCUGUGAACGAUCUGAACAAACAGCUCUAUCAGGAUCUGUUCGAGCGUGGACGUGUCAACCCCAACGGAUGCCCAAUUACGGCCACAUUCUAUGUGUCCCACGAAUGGACCGACUACAGCCAGGUGCAGAACCUGUACGCCGAUGGACACGAGAUGGCAUCACAUACCGUUUCGCACAGCUUCGGAGAGUCGUUCUCACCGAAGAAGUGGGCUCGAGAAGUUGCUGGCCAGCGAGAGAUUCUGUCCGCGUACGGUGGCGUCAAGCUGGAGGAUGUGCGUGGUAUGCGCGCACCUUUCCUUUCGAUCGGUGGCAACAAGAUGUUCAAGAUGCUGCACGAUUUCAACUUCACCUACGACUCCUCGAUGCCGGUGUACGAGAACCGUCCACCGAGCUGGCCGUACACGCUCGAUUACAAGAUCUUCCACGAUUGUAUGAUUCCGCCCUGUCCAACCAAGAGCUAUCCAGGUGUUUGGGAAGUUCCUAUGGUGAUGUGGCAGGAUCUGAACGGUGGCCGCUGCUCGAUGGGUGACGCCUGCUCGAACCCGCCGGAAGCCGAGGGUGUGUACAAGAUGAUCAUGAAGAACUUCGAACGUCACUACACGACCAACCGUGCCCCGUUCGGACUGUACUACCAUGCCGCCUGGUUCACGCAGCCGCACCACAAGGAAGGAUUCAUACAAUUCCUGGACGCGAUCAACUCGAUGAAGGACGUGUACAUCAUCACGAACUGGCAGGCGCUACAGUGGGUCCGUGAUCCGACCCCACUUUCUCGUGUCAACUCCUUCACGCCGUUCCAGUGUAACUAUGCGGAUCGUCCGAAGCGUUGCAACAACCCGAAGGUUUGCAACCUGUGGCAUAAAUCUGGCGUCCGGUACAUGCGCACGUGUCAGCCCUGCCCGGAUAUCUACCCAUGGACCGGCAAGACAGGAAUCCGCUCGUCACGCAUCGACAACGACAUCGAGGUGGCCGACACCAACUAA